AUGGCUGGUAUCAAUUUCACACUGGUUACCGAGUUUAUCCUCUUGGGACUGACAGACCACAUGGAGCUGAAGGUGGCCCUGUUCAUGCUGUUCCUGCUGAUCUACCCUGUUUCCCUGGUGGGCAAUCUCGGAAUGCUCUUUCUCAUCCAAGUAACUCCCAAACUUCACACACCCAUGUACCACUUUCUCAACUGUCUGUCAUUUGUUGAUGCCUGCUAUUCCUCCAUUUUUGCACCCAAAAUGCUGCUGAAUUUCUUUGUGGAAUGGGAGACAAUCUCAUUCAAUGCGUGCAUUGUGAAAUAUUUUUUAUUUGUGUCACUCAUUACCACUGAGGGCUUUCUGCUUGCAGCAAUGGCUUAUGAUCGCUAUUUGGCCAUCGUGAACUCUAUACUCUACACAGUGGCCAUGACCAGAAUAGUUUGCAUUGUCCUUGUGUUGGACUCAUGUGUUGGAGGGUUAAUCAACUCACUAACACAUACGAUUGGCUUAAUGAGGCUGUCCUUCUGUGGGCCCAAUGUCAUCAGUCACUUCUUCUGUGACCUGCCUCCCCUGUUAAAGCUCUCCUGCUCUGACACGUCCAUGAGUGAAUUGCUGCUGUUAGUCUUCAGGACCAUCAUCACCAUGGUCACCUUCAUGAUGGUGGUGAUCUCCUACAUCUUCAUUGUUGCUGCUAUCCUGAGGAUCCACUCAGCAGCAGGUAGACAAAAAGCCUUCUCCACAUACAUCUCAGAUCUAACAGUUGUGACUUUAUUCUAUGGCUUGGUAAGCUUCAGUUACAUUCAACCCACCUCACAAUAUUCCUUAGAUCAAGAGAAGGUGGCAUCUGUACUCUAUACUCUGGUGAUUCCUAUGCUAAACCCCUUGAUUUACAGCUUGAGGAACAAGGAGGUGAAGGAAGCUGCCAAGAAGGCUGUAGAAAUGAGAAGCCUUCCUUGUUAA